ACAUUCCCAGACUGGGAAACACAACCGAGAGAGACCGUGGAGGAGAAGAGAGAAGUAUUUAUUGUAGUUGUGAUGUUUUCUUCUUUUUUUCCACGGACUGAAAACUUUGAGAACCAGGAGCAAUCUGAGCUGGAAAAUCAUCUGAUGGAGGACGUGCUGAUGUCUGAUUCCGUGUGAGGAAAGGAAAGUUUAGCAGAGAAUGUGGAGAGGAAGCGGAGCCAGGAAAGGAGCCGAGGACGAUGUAGGAAUUCCUGACUGAAGUCAUGGGCUCGGAGGCGAUGGAGGACUGUGUGCAGGGGGCGCUCUCAUCGCUGUACCCUCCUUUUGAGAGCACGGCGCCACCCCUCCUCUCACAGGUCUUCUCAGUGCUGGAGUCAACCUAUCAACAUGACAGUCUUCGCUACCUCCUGGACUUUUUUGUACCUGCCAAGCACCUCUUGCACAAACUUCAGCAGCAUGCCUGUUCUCAGUAUCUGGGUUGCCUGUUCCUCCACUCCGGCUGGCCUCUCUGUUUGGGUGAAAAAGUGGUAGUCCAGCUCUCCACCUUGGACUGGAGACUUCUGCGCUGUAAUGACUUCUACCUGCAGGUGGUGCCCUUCUCUACACGAUGCCCCAGACUGGCACUAAAGUGUCUGGCACCUGGGGGUCGCACCGUUCAAGAAAUACUGGUGCCUGAGUCGCAACACCCUCUAGUGUUCACCUCCGAGUGGCUGCACAGUGUCAACAAAGAACGAGGCCACAAGCGAGAAGUUGGAGGAGGACUCGACACCUGCCUGGUCAGCACAUGUGAUGGUGUAGUACGUCUACCAUGGAAGGAGGUUGUCUACCCAAAAUUCAUCCAUGACCCAUCUGAGGAGAUUGGCUUGAUGGCCAACGCUGAUGGUUUGAUAUCCAGCCGCCUUCCUAGUGAGGGCAGCAGCAGCCUAGGAGGUUGGGGUGGCUCUUCCUCUGUUGAGCUGGACUCCUGGUCCUGGGAUGAGGAAGAGGAUGACGGUUUUCCACCAGAUGGCGUGGACUCUGACCCCAUGCUCCGACGAAGGCGCAGUGAAGAUGGGCUAGGGCGGACUGCACGGCAGGCUCAUCUUGAUGGGGAUUACGUUGAGCUUUUGGAACCCAGAGGGGGUCCUGAUGGGGGAGUUGACUCAAGGCAGAGGUACCUGGAGAUGCAUGGGAUUUGCAAAACAAAGACCUUACCUUUAUGUAAGAGAGGCAAAGCCAUCAAAUUACGCAAAGGAAAAGUUUGGAGUUCCGGGAAAGCAGAGAGGUCAGGAAGCUUCCGUGGUAUGCAUAGCUUCAAAGGAGAAGUGGUGACCCAGAAGCAUGGUGUGUUACCACCAAAGCCUUCAGCAGCUGCUGCAGAAUCUGGCAGAGAAAGACGGGCUUACCCUUCCUCGAUUCAUGACUCUGAUGAAAGAGGGAAAAUAAGCAGAAGUUCGGAAGGACUAGAAACCCCCAAUCUUUGUUUUGAUGGCCCAGUUAAAGAACGACGGCCAGGUGUGGGUAGAGAAAGAGACAGCAACGGUUUCACACAGUCGCCUCGAGACGAUCACAGAGGUAAAGACUCCCAGAGCAGUGACAGCUUAGCUGCAAAUGAAAUCUAUGAAUUCUGCCACAAGGCUGAGCAUGUUGUAGAGGGCCUAUCAGAUCAUGGAUCACAAUCCGAUUCUGUUUUUGAGGAUACAGACAAACCACUGAGUGGAGACAGCGAUGCUGUCACCCCAACAUUGAACUCACCAGAGAGACUCUUUACUGGAGUUUCACAAAGUGACAAUUCUCCAAGCAGUGAGUCUAAAAUGAAGAUGUCAUGUGAGUUAACAGUUACAGAUGAAAAGGACAAAGGAAAGAAUGAAGAAAGAGUGUGCCCCAGGGGGAAAGAAGUUAAAACAGCUGGAUUCAGAGCACCACGGAGGAAAAGGAAGGGAAAGGGGGCCAAAGGGAGGGUGAAGUCUGGCGGCCGUACAAACCAGAAGGGAGUUAAACUACAGGGUAAAACUCCUCAGCCAAAUCCUGCCAAUAACUCUGCAUGUACAGAGUUACGGUUCACCAAGGAAAGCCAGUCUGAACCAAUGAAAAAGGCUGAUGAACCAGAUGGAGAGCCCACAACAAAGAGCAAAGAGAAAGAAAACACAAGGAAAUGCAGUACAGCAAAGACAGAAGUUGAACCAUUGCCUGGAUGCAGUAGCCAGUCUGGCACAUCUUUCUUAAACCACUCUACAGAGGAGGUUGGGUCAUCGGUCACAUGUUCUGACCAACAAAACGGUGUUAUCUAUGAAGAGCCUCCUCUUCUCAGGGACCUGGAUGCUGACCUACUUCAGUCGGGGAAACUACAGUUAACAGGUACAGUGGACAGGCUGGGGCGAGCUCUGGUGUUCAUACAUGCAAAUAUAACAGAGGAUAGUUUCUGUGCAGAGAAGACAGCCCACGUUCUGGCCUGCUUCCACAGAAUCACUCGGCCUGAAGCCAAAGAAAAAGGUCUGACAGUGGUAAUUGACAGCAGACGCUCCCAACCAUCUGCUCUGUGCCUCUCUGCACUUAAACUGUUCCAGGUGUUAGUGCCUGGUGGUCUUGGAUCUGUCCUAGUCCUGGUAGAGGAGCAGCAGGAGUUAUUUACUCUGGAAAGAGACAAGACUCACAUCGUGCAGGGUACAGUCGUCCUUCAGCAAUAUAUCGACAAACAACAGUUGCCCCAAGAGCUGAAUGGAGACUUCAGUCACUGUCAUGCAGACUGGUUGGCCUUCAGACUGAGGCUGGAGGGACUGACAGAGCGCUGCGAGAGCGCCCUCUCGCUGCUUGGAGAAGCACUGCAGGCGAUAGAGACAGAGCCCAUGCCAGACAACAUUAAGGAUGUUCCCCAGAGCCUCGACAAACACAGGCAGCUCAUGACGAGUGUCCUGGUGGACCAACGCCUAACUGAACUUCAGCAGAGGGGCGGGGCUUGUCUUGCUGGACUGACAAAUUGUUCCUCUGCACUGGCGCAGAAAUCACUAGACUGCAGGGCUGCGCUCGCUGCAACCUCUAAGCUCUACGACAGCGUGGACGAUGCUCUUCACAAGCUCGUCCAGGUCUCCAACCAGAGAGGUCGUGACCUGGAGGCGCUGGGACGACUGGCUGUGCUGGUGGACAAACUAGAAAAGUGUGAUAAGGAGAUCGAACAGGUCCAGUCACAGCUGGACGACUACAAGGACCCUCCCCUAUCUCUCAGCAGACUCUCGCUUAAACAACAGAAGUUCAGGACGUUCAGAGAAACCGCCAAUGACCUCCACAGCGAGACCCUGGCAGUGCUCAGUGAUCUAGAGGGAUGGUGUGAGCUGAACUGGCAAGGCCUGAGUGAUGUCCAGAUCCGACUUCCACCUGUGAGGGAGAAGCUGAGAGACAUGUCUCACUGUCUGUCUGACUGCUGGACCACUCUGGACAACACCCAGAGGCUGCUGUCCACACUGACAGAGGCAACCCAGUGGUGUGAUGCAGUUUCCUCUACCCCUUCCCCACCCUCACCCCCCACUUCUACUUGUCCUCUUGCAUCCCUCCCUCCAAUUCCUCCAUCACGUUUCCAGGACGCACGGUCCUUAGCCAUGGAGCUUGGCGGCGGGGCGCUCCUUGAUCUCUGGACUCAUACGGUAGAGCGCUACCAGCAGACCGUAGCUCAGGUCAAACCACGGUUCCUCCAGUUGGACCGGAACCAGAAUCAAGGCCAAGGGAAGGCCAAAACACCAUCUGGCAGUAACUUCUGGGACCUGAUGGGGCCUGAAGGAGAGGGCGACUGGGGCUUGGGUGCUGGAGGAGGGGAUGGGGGUUUGCAGUCGUGGGGGUCCCUAGCAUCACUGUUCAGACCACAAACCUGCUCCACACUGAAGAUAGGAGAUGAGAAAGGGAAUAAGAAAGAAGGUGGAUGCGGAGGAAAUGGGGCAGGAGGAGCUGGAGGAGGGAAGUUCCUGCAGAACCUUCUGAAUCCAACAAAGAAGAGUCCUACAGAGGCCCCGCUCCCUCCAAAGCCACCAAGGAAGCGCCAUCCAAGUUUUGACCUCCAGGCUCUUCUGGCUCCCCGCAGAGGCACCGCGACCCCCAAACCAGAGUCUCCCAUUGGCGGGGCGAGUCGUAGCUCCCCGUUGUCCUGGCUGGGGCGGAAGACCCUAGCCGACCCCAUCAUCACCACCAGCAUGGCUGCAGCAAUCCCAGGAUGGAGCAGCGGAGGAGGAGGGGUGUUGAUCCGUGGGGUGGAGGUCAGCAGUAAGGAGGUGGUGGACCACACAGGGUCGCCACGGCAACAUGUCCUUCUGGGCCGGACUGAGAGGGAAACUGGGACAGACAGGACUGGUUCAUCUGCACAGAGCAAGCUGUACCUGCUCUGGUGCCGGAUGCUGAGCUCAGAGAGGCAGUAUGUAGCAGUCCUGAAGGGGGUGGAGGAAACAUACCUGCCCUUGCUGGAGCUCUCCGACUCCCCGGCCUCCAUCAGGGGGAAGGAAGACUCGGUCUUCCCCAACUGGACCAGCCUCACUAACUUUCAUUCACAGAAUCUGCUGCCAGCGAUGGAAGGAGCUCUCGUUCACAGCUUGUUGCAACAGGACUGCUUCAGCAAAUAUCGAGAGCAGUUUCUCCAGUAUUCCCAGUACAUCAGGUUAAAACCAGACCUGGAUUCCCCUUUGGUCACAGAGGCUGCUGACUUUUUUAAGUCCAAACUCCCCCAGGCCUCCCCCCUCUCCCCUCUAUCCUUCCCUCAGUGCCUUCAGGCUCCCAUUCAGAGGCUGGAGCAGUACUGUGAGGCCCUCAUAGAGCUGGGCGGCUUAAACCCCUCCUCAGACUCCGCCCUCUCCAUCCUGAGACACGCCCAGCGGCACGGCGAGGACCUCAGGGCCAGUGACCUCAUCGUCGGGUGUCCGAUCCCGGCGGUGGAGCGAGGUGAGCUGGUGCGGCAGGGCGAGCUCACAGUGUGUGGAGGACCUCGCAGGAAACGAGCGGGCAUCAGGAACGUCUUCCUCUACGAGCACUUCAUCAUCUUCACCAAGCAGAAGAGUCCAGGCCCGGGACGCACCACCUUUAGCUACAAACACAGCAUCAAGACUGGUGAGAUGGGUCUGACCCAGAGCGUGGGGGAGGAGGGGGUGAAGUUUGAAGUGUGGGUCCGACAGGCUCCCCGAACCAGAGACUGCAUCACGCUGCAAGCUCAGGACCGCAAAGAGAGGGAGGCCUGGGCCCACGACAUCGCCCAUCUGCUGUGGACACACGCCAUUAACAACACGGAAUUGUGUCUGAAGGAGUCCCUCUGCAUGGGAAUAUCCAGCAAACUCCUGCUGGACGCCUCAGGAAGUCCAGUUACAGAGCUGGACUCCACCAGCAGCCUUAGCGACAGAGUCAACAGUAGCUGCUCAGACUCGUCCUCUGUGGGCAGUCAGAAGGAGGGGGGAUCCCCAGCAUCUGGGAGGGACCCAAGGUCCAGUUCUGGAUCAACAAGCUACACACAGAGUCCAUCUCCCUCCACAGCAGUGUGACUUUCAUCUCAACUGCACUCUGGACUUUUCCAAGCCUCAGACGUCUUUAAUCCAGCUCUUAGGGAGGCAAACUGGACAAAAGAGGGACCCUCUGACUCUAUCUGGAACUUCUCCGCCCUUCUCCCCUUCAUCUCCUGGAACACAAACGCCCGUGCUGCUGGAUUAGACGCAGCUGCAUCCAAACAGGAUCAAAAUUGCCCCGUUUAGACCAUGACAAGCCCCAGCGGGGCUCUCUGCACUCCGCCAUUUUGGAUCUGCCAGCCUGGGUAUCUGGCAGAGUCAUCGACACUAAAGGCACUUCAGCCACACAGUGUGGCCAUUGUCUGUCCAGCUAGGCCAAACCACUUGGUCUGAACCACCGACUUUCUGGGCAGGCUGUCUGCAUGCAUCACAUGCUUCACAAUCAGAUAAUAAACAGGAAGUAAUAUGCAGGGUGCAAACGCGGCAUGGGAUUGCAGAUUUAGAAUGAAUUAUGCAGUUUAUCAUCCUCAGAGGGCUGAAUGGACAACUGUAGGCCUUCUUUUUAUUAUCUGCGUCAAAAAAAUGUGUGGCACACGCAAGGUGGGACUGUGUCUAUGUAAAUGGGUGGCGUUAGCAUGAACACACACACACACACACACACACACACACACACAACAGUCUCCAAACACAUGCAGUCACUCUUAUUGUUAAAGGACAGUGGAGCUCUGUUCAUUCAAUCACACACACACACACACACACACACACACACACACACACACACACACACACACACACACACACACACACACACACACACACACACACACACACACACACACACACUGCACCCAGUCUAGAGCCUGGUACAGUCGCCAAACAAGGCGAAGCUACAUCUGAUCACGUACAGUAAGCUUGGCUCUAAUGAGGAAGGGGAGGGAUUUGCGGUUUCAUAUCUAUUCAAGUGUUUAUGUAAUCGGUAACACUUUACAAUAAGGGUCCCUUUAUUAACAUUACGUAGUGCAUUAUUAAGCAUUAAUAAACCAUUAAAUAGAGUGUUAAUAACUGCUUUUAUGCAUUACAUAGCAUUAUUAUACAUCUUAUUUAAUGCAUUAUUAAGCAGUUACCUAAAGUCUAAUACUGAACCUAAGGGUCCAAAAUUCAUUCAGUAAUGAUUAAUUACAGUUAAGUAAUGCUUAGGUAACGCUAAGACAUCUAUUAAGCAUUUAGAAAGUGUUUACAAAUGGAUAAAUGUUUACAAUUUACAAUAAGGGUCAAAAAUUCAUUUGGUAAUGUUUAACUACGGUUAGGUAGUGCUUAAGUAAUGUGUAUGAGUCUAUUAAGAAAGUGUUUCCUAAGAGAUACAUGUUUACACGUAACACUAAAGGUCCAAAAUUCAUUCAGUAAUGAUUAAUUACAGUUAAGUAAUGCUUAGGUAACGCUAAGACAUCUAUUAAGCAUUUAGAAAGUGUUUACAAAUGGAUAAAUGUUUACAAUUUACAAUAAGGGUCAAAAAUUCAUUUGGUAAUGUUUAACUAUGGUUAGGUAGUGCUUAAGUAAUGCGUACGAGUCUAUUAGGUAUUUAGAAAGUGUUUCCUAAGAGAUACAUGUUUACACGUAACACUAAAGGUCCAAAAUUCAUUCAGUAAUCAUCAAUUAUGGUUAAGUAAUGCUUAAGAAAUGCUUAGGCAUCUAUUAAGCAUUUAGAAAGUGUUUCAAAAGGCAUACAUUUUUACACUUUACAAUAAGGGUCCAAAAUUCAUUCAGUAAUCAUUAAUUAUGUUAGGUAAUGCUUAAGUAAUGCUUAGGCAUCUAUGAAGCAUUUAGAAAGUGUUUCCAAAUGGGAUCAAUGUUUUUACCAUACCUAAGGUCAGGUAAGGGCUUCCUGAUGACAAACACAGUACAGCAGUAGUAAGACAUUACUUAAUUGAUUAUUAAUUGCCAUCCAAGUAACAUCCAAAGUGCAGGGUAGAAUAAGUGGAUGCAUUAGUUGACUGUUACUUAUUGCUUAUUCGCUGCAGACACACAACCAUAAUAAAUAAUCAUUUUCAUAAUUAUUAAGGGUUGAUUCACACAUUAACUAAAAUGGUCAUUAACACACAUGAUGCAACGUAAUUAAAUAAUGCAAGUGUUAUUUCAAGCUUAGUACUGCAUUAACUAACGUUUAGUGAUAGACUUUAGGUAACUGCUUAAUAAUGCAUUAAAUAAUAUGUUUAGUAAUGCAUAAUAGCAGUUGUUAACACUUUAUUUAAUGGUUUAUUAAUGCUUAAUAAUACACUAAGUAAUGUUAAUAAAGGGACCCUUAUUGGAAAGUGUUACCAUGUAAUCUAAUUGUGUUUUCAUUAAGUUGCAGGAUUUCAAUGCAAAAUGGUGUUUAGUCAUCUUUAAAGUGUUUCUGCUACAUGUUGGUGCCUUACAAUUGUUCUCCAAUUCACUGAAACUGUCGGUCUUUGUCAGCUGAUGCCACGAUGGCUAGUGCCCAGUGCUUUAUGGGUAAUCAAGGCCAACUCGGUUGGUGAAGAGAGCACGACAAAUUAAAGAAAAGCUUCAAAUAAUAUUUUUUCCCCUGUUAGCUUAGAGUGAUUUGUAGUUCUGAAUUGGUGCAAGCACUUGUUCCUUAGACCAGAUAGUGCGGUCAUACAGAUUAUUAAUGUUGAUAGCCGUUAUCUUAGCUAAAUAUUGAUACCUGGCUUCUUUGCUAAGUUUCUCUGGAUAUGGUAUUUUUCCAUCAUCUUCUUUUUAGCCAUUUAAUACUUUAAAUCCUAAAACAAUAUUCCCCUCCCAUUUCCUUCAACUUGCUUACCUCUGCUCACCAUCCAAGAUGGGACUUGGUGUGUGCUAGUCACAUAACUGACACAGACCCAUAUGGAACACUAUCUUCAUUGCUUGUUGCCCUGUCCUAUGUGCCAAAGGUAUUAAACUGGUGUUAGUGCAAUGUUGACAUGUGUACAAAGUUAUAUUAUGUUCUUAAGUCAGUAUCUCAUUGAUCUGUGACAGUUGGGGAAUGCAAGAAUGUAUUACAUUUUAAUUAAAACUGCAUGGUAAUGGUUGCUGGUUUGAAUCCAGGCUGCAGUCAGCAUGCUCUUCCAAUGUUUAUGUGGGUUUCCUUGUGUACUCCAUUUUCUCCCACGUACCAAAAACCAGAAUGUCCAGAGUGAUCAGAGGUUGAACAUAAACCCUAGGUAUUCGUGAGUGUAUCGCUGCACAUGUCCCUGGUAUAGACUGCCCCGCUCCUACAUGGUAGUUAAUGUAAGCAGCAGUUGGUCCCACAACAUGGGAUUGCCCAUUGAGAGCUAUUGUCCUGGUGGGAUGUGACCAGCAUUGUUAAGGAUUUAGGAAUGCCAGGGACCUCUAAACAUGGUUCAGCUUGGAUCUUUGUCAGCCAUUUUCAUGUAUUUGUUUGCAGUUUGGGCUCCUUCCGAGAUUGCUAUUGUCUUGUCGUCUUUCGCUGCUGUAGAGUCAGGUCUCAGCAAGGAAGUUCCAUUUUUCACUCAGGAAAACUACAUUUGAAAAGAGUUCCAGAAACCUGCAAUAACUUUGUGGCUAUUUGAAGAGAAAACCAUUCUUGCAAAUCUUUGGAAAAGGUACAGAAUUCCCACUAGAUUGAGAUCCUGGGGCUCCCCAUCAAAUCCAGGAAAGCAUAUUGUGUAAAACCCGUCACCAACAGCGGCAGUCCACUGAGAUACUGUCAUAAACUUUCCCAGUUGGUAUGAUCAUCUCCAUAAAAUGGAGAAAAAUAUACUACUCUGAUUACUUUUGUUUAUGGAGAAAAUAACAGAUUACAUCUGAUGAUUUUUAAAGACCAGUUUGUACGAAUAAUUAUCCAUCUCAGUAUUAUGUUCUCAAAAUGUUGAAUAAUGUGUUUUAUCAUUUUAUUAUUCUGUAUUGGGUCAUUUUUAUGUUUACUUUUAAUAUUUUACACAGUAUUAGGAUAUAAAAUUGUUUAUUAAAAUUUGUAAAGCUAGUGUCUAAAUAGCAGAUUUGGAGAGGGAGCAGAUGGUUAGCUAAGAUUAGAUUUGAGACAAGAAAUGUGGCUUUUGCCAAAGAAGAUCACAAACUAACUAAUAUGGACGUCACAAUCCUAGUGGAAAUGAAAACAAUAAAUGGUUCAAAAAAGGGUCAAAUUCAUCAAAAUGGUCCAGAAGUGCUUCUGAACAGACCUGUCUUAACAUACCACACAUGACAGGAAUAUCUGAUGAGUUUAUCUUUAGAGAUGUUAUGAUAAACAGUGUGUAUUUAAGAUUGUUAGAAGGGGGGGAGUGGGUCAUGAUAAUUAGGUAAGAAAAGGCAGGAAUUCAAGGGUUCAAAGAUUCAAUGCAGUAUUAGUCAUGUGUGCUCAAUGCAAUCCUUACUUUGGUGCCCAGCCUGGAUGCCGAAGUAUGAUCAGGUAUAAAAUACAUAAAGGUAAAAAAGGGAAAAUGCAAAAUUUUUCUUAGCUUGCUCGUGUCCAGCUUCACGCUAGCACUAGCUAACUAACUUUUCUUAUACACUUACGCCCGCACUGCAUGGCUCGACUAAGCUUUCCCUUUUUCGCCAAGAACAGAGUUUUUAGAACCAACUUUAAUGUGGUUCCAAGAGUUAUAUGCUAAUUCAAAAAUGACAUGUCAGAAAAUUGUCAGUCACAGAUAGGCUAGGGAGUGGAGUCACCUACACUACCCUGUACAUCAGAGAGUUUUGCCUCACUGCCCUCAGCCUUUUUCUGGUCUCCACUUUCCAGAUGUGAAAAGAAAAACGCCAGACUGAGCAGAACGUUUACUGUUGCUACCCGGGUCCUCCAUUGCUGCAUUGUGUUUUGGUUGUGCGGUGUACAGACCUCCUUAAGCUACUUUUUGAACCCUAGGGGACACCCCCUACUGUAUCAAACCCAUCCACUAGAGCCAUUUCGCAAUGGUCUACUUUACACUUGACGUCACCAUGCACGUGCUGCUAGCUGCUAGUGCCAGACAAACAAACCACAUGUGCAAUUAGAAAAAACACAGUGUUUUUUUUACACUUCGGUUGUUAUUUGUGUCACUACAUUUUACAUACCACCCACCACUGGUCAAAGCCUUAAUUGUCCACGUUUGGAUGCUGUUUACCUAAGAAGGCACUACACAAAUACAGGCCAUUUACCACUUGAUCUGCUCCACACUGGGAAAAUCGGCUCGUCCAUCUAAAUACUGCCAUCGCUAUACUUUGUCCGUCUUUCUCUGUUCCCCUUUCCAGCUGUGUCAUACUGUUGAGGACCAUACCCAUGUUUGGAAAAAGAGUAACAAAUGUUCUUUGUGACAUCUCAUCUGAAUAUCUAGAGUCUGAUUUGCACCUCCCCAAACACCUGCCUUGCUGUGUGAGCGUCUUUAGGAGACUAAACUACAGCUUUGUAACAAGCGGGGCGGCUCAGAUACAUAAACACCCUUGAAAAAUUCAUGCUAGUUUGACUAGGGCUACCUCCCACAAUGCAUUAUAGUAUUAUGUAACAAUUUAUUUUUAGCUACUGUAAAGAACUGGAAUAGAAAACCACUGGAAACAUGUAUAGUAAAGUCGAGCCGCUCUGAGUAGGUGCUGGUGGAAAAGGCCAUUAAUUAUGACUGGGAAGGUUAAAAAAAACUAAGGAGCUAGUUAGCUAGCUAUAAAUGUGGCCACAGUUUUGGUAUUCGGUCAACUAAGUGCACUUAUUGUGCCGUUAGUUUCUCUUCGAUUCUGGUUCCUAUGCUAGGCUGCAAGCCAAGUCAUGGGUCUGGCAUCUUCUCAGUUUAAUUUUAUGUCAAACCAUUUCCUUUAAAAAUCUCCCAACAAGCGGAACGCCAGAUAAAAAUAACUCCCACUUCCUCCUGUACUCUGCUAGAUUUGGACCUAUUAAUAGAAGUGUUACACUGCAGAGCUCUAUUUACAUACUCUGAAUAUGAAACACCCAGAAAAAGAUGCACAGGAUCCAUGGAGCAGUUUUAAAUUCAGCCUAACGCCCCAAGAUGCUUCACCACUGUGUUGUAGUUCCUAUUUUAUGGCAGCACUUACACAAGCAUGGUAUCACCAAUGUAACUGGAAAAACAUGCUUAUUUUUUAGGGUACAGUAAUGAAGCUUCUGGAAUAGCAUAUCUGCAUCCAAAUUCAGAAGUUGCAAAUGGCUUUUGAGCAGUUUCUGAAUCAAUAAGUAAUUUGUUGGCUUGAAGAAGUCUGCACACUUCGUAGCCUUUAGCUGUUUGGUACAUCGCAUUAUUAUUGGAAGCAAUGUAAUGAACACCAUCUUUCACUUUUACAGCUGUUUGAAUUGUCAUAUGCAGAUUCUCUGGUGAUUGCAGAAAUGCUCUUUUUUUGUACGACCCACUCCUCCAGAUGUUUACAAUUCCAAGAAUGUUGGCAAUGCAUGCUGCGCUUACUUGAUAAUUGUACUUUUGUUUGUUUCUGUGUCGAAUUAAAAAGUGGAUUCCAAAUGUCA